UUAUAUAAAUAGGUGAAGAGGGGCAGCAAGCACCUCUUGCACUUUCUUGCGGAGCGCGACGGAACGGCCAGUCUUUGCCGAGCGCUAUGGCUCGACACGCGUACCUGUGUCUUGGUGUGCUGUUACUCGCCUACUCCGUGGUAGGUGAGUCGAGAGUUAAACGUCAGGAUGAUGAUGGCGGAGAUGAAAUAAACCCGGAAGAGCUUUGCGAUGGACGGCCGGCGGACGAAUACUUCCGGCUCUCCACAGAGGGCGACUGCCGUGACGUCGUCAGGUGCGACAAAGGUGCUGAGAAUGGCGUCACCAGGCUCGCAUCGGUGAAGUGCCCCGGCGGUCUGGCUUUCGAUAUCGACCGACAAACCUGUGACUGGAAAACCCAUGUUAAGAAUUGCGAUAAACUAGAAAAGCCAAGGAAAAUUCUGCCUAUUCUGAAGACCGACGAACCAAUUUGCCCCGACGGAAAAUUGGCCUGCGGCAACAGGGAAUGCGUUGACAAAGAACUGUUUUGUAACGGCAAACCAGACUGCAAAGACGAAUCUGAUGAAAACGCCUGCACCGUCGAUGUCGACCCCAACAGAGCUCCCGACUGCGACCCUAACCAGUGCGUCCUGCCCGACUGUUUCUGUUCAGCUGAUGGUACCCGUAUUCCUGGUGGAAUUGAGCCAAACCAAGUCCCACAGAUGAUCACAAUCACUUUCAACGGCGCCGUCAACGUAGACAAUAUCGAUUUAUACGAUCAGAUAUUCAAUGGCAACCGACACAAUCCUAACGGAUGUCAAAUUCGUGGUACAUUCUUUGUAUCUCACAAAUAUACCAACUAUGCUGCGGUACAAGAAUUACACCGUAAGGGACACGAAAUUGCAGUAUUCUCGCUCACUCACAAGGAUGAUCCACUCUACUGGACCAGUGGAACCUAUGACGACUGGCUGGCUGAGAUGGCCGGUGCCCGUCUUAUUGUAGAACGUUUCGCUAAUAUUACAGAUGCGUCCAUCAUCGGUGUGCGCGCCCCAUACUUACGUGUAGGUGGUAACAAGCAAUUUGAAAUGAUGGCUGACCAAUAUUUCGUCUACGACGCUUCAAUCACAGCUCCUCUUGGUCGUGUCCCAAUCUGGCCAUACACUCUAUACUUCCGUAUGCCACACAAAUGUAACGGUAACGCUCACAACUGUCCUUCCCGAAGCCAUCCAGUCUGGGAAAUGGUAAUGAAUGAAUUAGAUAGACGUGAUGACCCUACUUUUGAUGAAUCACUUCCUGGUUGUCACGUUGUUGACUCUUGUUCUAACAUUCAAACUGGUGAUCAAUUCGCCCGUCUUCUUCGUCACAACUUCAACCGUCACUACACGACUAACCGUGCUCCUCUUGGUCUACAUUUCCAUGCUUCUUGGCUCAAAUCCAAAAAAGAAUUCAGAGAUGAACUCAUCAAAUUCAUCGAAGAGAUGCUUGAAAAGAACGAUGUCUACUUCACUUCCCUUAUCCAAGUUAUCCAAUGGAUGCAAAAUCCCACAGAACUGUCAUCACUCCGCGACUUCCAGGAAUGGAAACAAGACAAGUGCGAUGUUAAGGGUCAACCUUUCUGUUCUCUACCAAACGCUUGUCCUUUAACAACACGAGAGUUACCAGGAGAGACCUUACGUCUGUUUACAUGUAUGGAAUGCCCGAACAACUACCCCUGGAUCUUAGAUCCUACGGGCGAAGGUUUUAACGUUAAGAAGUGAUCUCUUAAGUAAAAGUGAAGAAAAGACUGUACACAUGUAAAUAAUACUCAGUAAUAUUAUUGAAUACAAUUAAUCGUGACUUGUAUGACAUGACGAAAACACCAACUCUGGUUAUAUUAAUUAUUAUUGUUGUCAAUGAAUUUAUUGCCUAUUUAUAUGUAUGAAUACUUAGAGUUGGUGUUUGACGUAAAAGGUAUUGAAUAAUGUCCUGUCACUCCGCUGUAUACUGCAAGGAUAGAUAAUCUUAUGUAUGUUUCAUUAUAAUUUAGGAUGUUACAAUUUUUAUGGACAAUAAAAAUUAAAUUGGA